UACCAUUUUCUCCUACGACCUGAACAUAACACACUCGUGAUAACCUGCUGACGUCAGACCUGCGUGCGGGAUAGUAGUUUACAUCACGUAGCCGACCGGCUAACUACUUCCUCCUUCAUUUUUAGCUACGUGCGACCUGAGGCUCUAAAGGCUCCUAAACCUGUCCGAAUAAUUUCUUGAUAGGCGAUUCAAAUAGCGACACACUCCCUAAACAAUCAAGAUGUCUUCUUAUGAUGAGAAUGAGUCAAAGUUCCUUCGUAAGGCAAAGGAGAAUCCAUUUGUCCCAGUGGGAAUGGCUGGAUUCUUUGCCAUUGUGGGGUACAGACUGCUGAAAAUGAAAAAUCGGGGAGACACAAAAAUGUCAGUUCACCUGAUUCACAUGCGUGUAGCUGCCCAAGGCUUUGUGGUUGGAGCCAUGACUGUUGGGGUCCUGUAUUCAAUGUACAAAGAGUACAUUGUAAAACCCAGAGAAGAACAGAAAGCAGUGCAACACAAGUGAACAUGGACUGACAUAUUAUGUCCCUUAAUAUUACCUCAUAUUAAGGUGUGUAGAAGUUUAUUUUUAGAUGUGUCAUAAUUAUUGUAUGCACACAUCCCUUCAGCAGCUCACAUCUACUGUUAACUUAUUGAUUACACUUGCUAUCCUCUAAGUAGCGUACCAGAGGGUCAAGUUAUCUCUUCUGUACUGAGGAAGUGUAUUGCUCCAGCUGUUUUAACACUGGUUGCACUCUGUGUUUGCGUCUGUGAACCCAUCUGAUUUGAUAUCUAUGCCAACAGGUGACUUGACUGACAGAGUUUUGUUGCCUCUUAUUUAAAAGGUGUGUGAGUGAAAUAUCAAAAACUAAAACAUCUAGCAAAUCACUUAAAAACAGUUAGACUAGGCUAAGCCUAGAUUUAAAAAAAAAUAACCACCAACCGCAGGUAGACUGAUAAUUUAUUUCUUCUUUUCAUUGUGUUUAUUUUAUUGUCUCACACCAGCUAUAUUUUUUGAUGUACUAAUGUAGGUAUUUUUGCCAAAUGGAAAAUGUUUGCACCUUAGCCCACUUUUUUCUUCUUCAUGGGCAUCCCAGUGCAUUAGGCAUGUGUUUUGGAAGGCUUUGACAACAUGUGGUUUAAAGACAAGGCCUGUACUCUCACAUUAUUUAAACAACAAUGACACAAAUGGUUUGUGACCCACCACAGUAUCAGGUAAUGACACAAAACAAAUAUAUAAAAUAAUCGCAUGGAAAAAACAUGAAACAUGAAUCAAAAACAUAGAGGUAUGUUGUAGAAAUACAGUGUGUGAUUUCUUUCAAUAGGCGUUAUACAAAUGUAUUGUAAAGGCCAAGUCUCUUUUUCAUUUGAGUCAUUGUUACAUAGUGUACACAGGGCUCCAAUGUUUCAUUACAGAAGCUUUACAAGUCUUCAUGAGACUAAACUGAUGUGCACCUACAGACUGUACAGUAACCCAUAGCUUGUGAUGUGCUUAAAUAGAUGCCUUUUUAAGUUUUUCACAAAGUUAAGUUUCAAACGGUGUGUACAAAUACAGUUCCUUUUUCUAAAGUUUCUUUUUCUGGAAAUAAAAAUGACCAGUCUUGUAA